GGCUGGUGUUGUGCCAAAGUAUAAAUUAAAAGACUAUUCUCCUGUCUGUAGGUUUGGAUAGGGCUAGGCCUAGGUAGGUUAACAAUACUAGACAACAUGCUUCAUACCUGUUUUUAUUGAACGGUGAGGCAAUGACAAUUGAAAAUGGGAAAAGCUGGUCGAGAUGAUAGACUGACUGACUUCCAGAACUUUUCAUGUGGUGCAGUUGCUGGGAUAGUUAGCAGGACGGCUGUUUCUCCACUUGAUGUCAUUAAGAUCCUGACACAGGUUGGAACAACGGACACCAGACAAGGUUUUCUCAAUUCGUUUGCUAAUGUUUACAAAAACCAAGGCCUAAGGGCUUUCUGGAAAGGUAAUCUAAUAGGGUGUCUAAGGCUCUCUCCAUUCAGUGCAAUUCAGUUUUCUUCAUAUUACAAAUUCAAACAUUUGUUAGCGGAUCAAAAUGGUAAGUUGGCACCGCACAGUUCAAUGGCAGCGGGAACUCUGGGAGGAGUUGUUGCCACGGUGGUCACGUAUCCAGCAGACAUGGUUAAAACAAGACUUAUUGUGCAGCAUACGCACCCAAGAAAGGCAAGAUACCGUGGCAUAGUUCAUGCAUUUUCGCUCAUUGUCAAGGAAGAAGGAGUGUUGGCGUUGUACAAGGGAAUGCUUGUUUCGAUUUGCGGUGCCCUUCCAUUCACUGCUUGUACCUUCGUAACAUAUGAGUUUCUGGAUCAAUUUAGUGACAAGCCGCGGUACAUGUUGACACCGAUGCAGAACUUUUUAAAUGGAUGCAUAGCAGCGGCGUUUGCUCAAUCAAUUUCCUUUCCGUUUGAUACCAUACGAAAAAAGCUGCAGGCAAAAAGUUCUGUGAUGCGGGACGGUGGUGGAGUUGAUGUCAAAUUUAAAGGCAUGCUAUCCGCAUUCACAAGUACAAUCGAUCAUUAUGGGUACAAGGGGCUGUGGCGCGGGAACCUCGCAAACCUUUGUAAGGUAGUUCCUUAUGCUGGACUCAUGUUCAUGUCCUUUGAAGCUUGCAAACGGGGAUUUCUGCAUCAAAACGGCUACACAGAAGGCUACUGGGAUGAUACACCUGUACCAGGUGUUGAUCAGAGCCUGAAACCAAACCAACUAAAGGAAUGGAAUGCCCAUCUUAGGUGAUGUCACUGUCAGUGAUUGUCACAGGUGUUCAUCGUUGAGAUGAAGUGCUGAAUUUGCAGGUUAUAACUUUAAUAAGUGAUAAAUAAAUAAUAUUUAAUUCUGCAACUACAAUCAAGAAAUUAAAAACUCCAAAUUCAGCUUUUUUAAAGUACUGUAAUUCCAAUAAAUUUUAUUACAUUUUUUAUAUCAAAAUGAAGAUCCUUAAAAAUUUAUAGACGAAACCACCGGCAUAAGGUAGCGCUUGACUGCAGUGGCGUAUCUAGCAGUAUUAAAAUGGGGGGGGGGACGCGACCAAAAUAUGAGGGGGCGUGGAAUUUAUUGUCGGUGGUCACGCCCACUGAAAGAAAAUCGCUUCUUAGAUUCCCGAAUACAUGUUAACCGUAUUAGCAUAAGCAUAAGCCUAGCCUAAUUUUUUUUGCUUCAAAGUUUUCGAAUGGGGGGGGGGGGGGGUGUGAUUGAUUGUCGUCAACAUCAUACAAAAGAAAUGUCUACUUAUACUGGAUAGGAAAAUGAAUGCAAUCAAAUUUGUCAGUAAUAUUGUGAAAACCUAUGAAAACAUAACUAGCUUUAUUCAAAAUAUUCUGCAGCUUUUAGUACAAAAUAUUGACAGUUCAUGAAAUGAAUGGUGAAAUUUAUUUCACCUUUCUCCGUAUCUAGAGCAUUCAGUAUUUGUUUUACAUACCACAUACAUAGGUUUACAAGACCUAAAAAAGUAGGCUUAUUUCCCAAGCCAAGGCAAUGAAAUGCCCAAUCCCUAGUGUCGUAGAGGUUUUGUCUCCUUUAAACUGUUUGUGCGUGUCAUAAAUUACAUAGCGACGCAGCCUAGAGAUAGCACAUUGUGCGGCAGGGCAAAAAAGUACUAUCCCAUAGCUUAAUAGUACUUUUUAUGAUUUUGGUGCCCAUAACUUUCUCUUAAAGUUCCCCCUCCCCUAUGAUAACACCCCUACAUACACUGUCCAUAUGGCAGCCAAUGAGUUAAUUGUACAUAUAUACCACAUACAUAGAUUCUA